GUUCUGAGUGCAGUCCUAGGACUGCUCUUAGUUUAUGUACCUUGUUUGCAAACAUUCCUUAGCUAAGCUGGUUUAUGUAGCAGAUACUGCCUGUUACCAAGUGGUUUACUGCAGGUGCCGCUUGGAGUUGAACUAGCGUGUUGUCGUUUAACGUGAAAUGACAGGCAGAGUCAGACUGGCAAACGCCAAUGCUUGAGAGUCUCUUACCGUGUGACUAACUGUCCUUGCUGGGAUUUGGCUGUGAUCUCUUCCUGAUGUAUGCAUCCUCUUACAUGAAGCUUGCAUAACCAGUAGGGAGCACUAGUGACGCACAGAGCCUUACAGCGUACAGCCUGAAGAGCUAUGGACAACAGUAAUGUGAAGAGGUUAACAAGCAAGUCCCAUGCUGUCCAAAUUUGUUAUGCUGUGUCUGGGCUUUGGUCCAAUAGCACAGGUGAUCAGAUAAAUCGUGCCCUGGUGUAUAAGCUCAGGCCAUAUAGGAGCUCUGUCUGACUCAUGAAGUUUGCCUAUCUUGCAGCAAACCACUGUUUCUGGGCGUCCUAUGAAUUCAUCAGUAGUUUCCUUGGGAAAGUCAUGCAGACAAUUUUGUUAAGAUCCUAGAUUUUUUUUCAGCUCCACUCUUCCCUUAAGUUUCUCCUCUUGUUGCUGGAGAAGACAUAACCUUCAGUACUGAUCUACAGUGAAAGUUCUCUCAACUACUCUGUGCUAUGCCUUUGACACCGCUGUUUAGCAGCAGAAUUGGGUCGUCAUAGAAAUCUAAAGACUUGUCCUCUUCUGGAUGCUUCCUAUAAACUGGAUGCUGUCUUCUGCUGUCAGUACUCUGUCAUGACUCAGUUUUGUGCUUUAAGAGAAGCAGUUAUUUGAAGACAGUGAUCCUUUUUUUUUUUUUUCUUAACCUAUGAAGACUUUUAACACUGGAUGCUAAAGGCCAGUUAGCUUGACCUCUGGGUAGGCGUUUCUGUGAGGGUGUGUUCAAGGAAAGUACAUGAUUGAGUGCUAGGAUAUGCAAAUAUGUGUAAAUGGUGUCCCUCCCAUCUUUAAGUUGGCCACCACCUCUUCUAGUUAUAGAAGUGCUUACUUUUAAAUUACCGUGAUAUUUUGCCCCAGAAGCUUUUUUUAAAGUGUUUUUUUGAGCUGUGGAGACCUUAAAAUGCAGAUCUGUUACAAAGUAUCAUGCAGGGAAACAUUUCUUAUAGAUGCUUCAGUAAGGACAACCAUUCCACAGCAGUUAUGUGACAGUAUGAUAUACAAUGUUGUGAGAGUUGUUUAAGUGUUUAAAAUAAAAGGACAGUGAUGGCUGCCUUAUCUUUGUGUACAUGAAAUAGUGCAGCAGUAGCAGAGGCAGGUUGGGGCCUGCCCAUCUAGCUUGUACUGCAUACCACAUAGCUGCCCUGCCCCAGCACUGUUUGUUGCUGUUAGCUUGGAGAGUUUCAUGAGCAGUCUAUAUAUAACCAGUAGAAUUUUCUUCAGGAGGAAGAAAAGAAUAUGGCUUAAAUCCACAAAAAUGGCAUUUUGUAGUGUUAAGUAAAUCUUCCCAAAAUAGGAGAAAGUUGAGAGAAGGACGUCUAGGCCCUUCUGCCUUUUGGUUUAGUUUCCCUCUUUUCUUCCCUGGUUCCUAAAAUGCUUUCAGGGAAACAUGUUCUUAAACUGUGCUUCCUUACGAUGUGCAUGCUCUCUCAGAAAGGCUUAAUCUCCAGCUGAGGGGGAUGAUUUUGGAGGUAGCAGGCCUCAGCUCCUGCUGUGCUGUUCUUGGCAGACAGUACGGACCAUUUUAGACCAGUGGAUGGAGCAAAGUCAAGCAUCUUAAAAACAAAAUUUGUGCUCAGCAGCUUCUUGGGUGAGAUCUGGCUGCUUGUCAGCAGUUCGUGGUGCUGUGGUUGAGAAACACCCCGAACCCGGGCAGGAGAGACUUGAAAGCAGCCUCCAACACUUUCGGGGUACACCUGAAGGCCGGUAGCAGGGAGCCUUUGUGGGAACCGACUGCGGCACCCUCGGUGGUGGUUCUAGCUCCCCGCCUGCGCUAUCGCCUCCACCCGUCGCUGUAACCGCGGAUCUGGCGCCUGCGCAGGCGAGACGGGCGGCGGGUGCUGACCCCCGCGGCGCGGGCGGCGCUUCGAGGGCGGAGGCUUUUCGGCUCUAGGCGGCCACCGUCGUGAGGACUUAGCUGCGGGAGUCCGUUGGGCUUGAGUCGGCGGCGCGUUGGGGACGGGCAGCGAGCCGAGCAUAGAAAAUGAAGCUAAAGGAAAUUGAGCGAACAGCUGUCCAGGCUUGGAGUCCAGCAAACAACCACCCCAUUUAUCUAGCAGCAGGAACAUCUGCCCGACAGCUCGAUGCAUCCUUCAGUACAAAUGCCACCUUGGAGAUAUUUGAGGUUGACUUCAGGGAUCCCUCUCUGGACAUGAAGCAGAAAGGAGCACUUCCUGCCUCAAACAGGUUUCAUAAGCUGAUCUGGGGUAACUUUGGUAAUGGGUCCCCAGAGUCCUCUGGAGUGAUCAUUGGUGGAGGGGAUAAUGGUGUGUUGACAAUGUACAGCGUGCAACACAUCUUGGCAUCAAAGAGUGAGCCUGUCAUUGGGCAGACAGAGAAGCAUUCAGGUCCUGUUCGAGCUCUUGACCUCAACCCUUUCCAGAGUAACCUCUUGGCUUCUGGAGCAAGUGAUUCUGAAAUUUUCAUCUGGGACUUGAAUAACUUCAGCGUGCCUAUGACUCCAGGGGCUAAAUCACAGCCUCCUGAAGACAUCAGUGUGGUGUCCUGGAAUCGGCAGGUGCAGCAUAUCCUAUCCUCUUCCCACCCCAGUGGCAAGGCUGUGAUUUGGGACCUCAGGAAGAAUGAGCCUAUCAUCAAAGUCAGUGACCACAGCAACAGAAUGCAUUGCUCGGGAAUGGCCUGGCAUCCAGAAGUUGCAACUCAGCUAAUCCUUUCUUCUGAGGAUGACCGCUUGCCAGUAAUCCAAAUAUGGGACUUACGUUUUGCUACCUCUCCUUUGAGCCAGCUGGAAGGGCACACAAGGGGAAUUCUCUCUGUCUCUUGGUGCCAAGCUGACCCUGAACUGCUGUUAAGUAGCGCCAAAGACAACCGGAUUUUGUGCUGGAACCCAAGUAUAGGGGAGGUGGUUUAUGAGUUGCCCAUUCAGAAUCAGUGGUGCUUUGAUGUCCAGUGGUGUCCAAGGAAUCCUUCAGUCUUCUCUGUUGCCACUUCCGAUGGGUGGAUCAACAUUUAUUCUGUUAUGGGUGGGAACUUGGAAGCUCAGCGGAAGACGCAGGCUGACAAGAUUUCUUCCUCCUUCAAUAACCUGGAUCCCUUUGGCACAGGACAGAUUCUUCCACCUCUGCAGGUGCCAGAGCAAGUAGCUCAGACCACUUUGAUUCCACCAUUAAAAAAGCCACCCAAGUGGAUUCGCAGACCUGUGGGAGUUUCAUUUGCAUUUGGAGGAAAACUUAUUUCCUUUGGUCUUACCAAAGCUCCUGGACAGCAAAUGCAGCAGACCUACCAACAUCAAGUAUUCAUCAGUCAAGUCACCACUGAAACUGAAUUCCUGCUGCGAUCCAGGGAACUGCAGAUGGCAUUGCAGUCAGGGAACCUAACUGAUUACUGUCAAGGCAAGAUCCAGACAGCCAAAUCACCGUUUGAUGAGAACCUUUGGAAAUUCAUGAAGGUGAAUCUGGAGAAAGAACCCAGGACAAAACUCCUCAAGCUACUGGGCUACAGUAAAGAAGAUCUGAAAAAAAAGAUUGCCUCGUAUUUGAGCAAUGGCAUACCAGGUAAACAGCCCCUUCCUGAGGCAGAAGAGACAGAUGCAGCACAGCCAGAUCAGCUUUUGAUGAAUUCCAGCAAUGAUGUAGCUGCUGUUUCCUCCUUUUCAUCCUUCUUUGACAAUCUCAUCCCACAGAAUAUGAGCACAUUGGAGAUUCCUGUCACAGAAGAUACAGAUGGACUCAUCAGCCAGGCCCUUUUGUUGGGGGACUUUGAGGGUGCGGUGGAGCUGUGCAUGCAGGCAGAACGCUUUGCUGAUGCCAUCAUCUUGGCUAUAGCUGGUGGGGAGAAUCUCCUGAAGGACACUCAGAAACGCUACUUUGCAAAGCGUAAGACAAAACUCUCUCUGCUGCUUUCAUCCAUUGUGCAGCAGAACUGGCAAGACAUUGUUUGCACAUGUGACCUCCAGAGCUGGAAGGAGGCACUGGCCAUCUUGCUAACUUACUCAAAGCAUGAAGACUAUACCCAGCUCUGUGACAUGCUGGGGGCCCGUCUGGAGUCAGAGGGAGAUGCAUCCCUGUCCAAUGAUGCCUGCCUUUGUUAUAUCUCAUCAGGCAAUGUGGAGAGGUUGGUGGAAUGCUGGGUGAAAAAACAUGAGACUUCAUCACCCCUUGCCCUGCAGGAUCUCAUAGAGAAGGUGAUGGUGCUAAGUAGGUCCAUUGAGAUGCUCCGAGGCACAGGAGGACAAGCACCAGGCCCCGUCUUGGCAGAGCGGAUCACCCAAUAUGCUAGUCUCCUGGCAUCACAAGGAUGCUUGGCAGCUGCAAUGAAUUACCUACCUAGCAGCUCUAAAGAGAUCCUGACUGAACAGCUUCGAGACCGGCUUUUUCAUGCUCAAGGAAACAAUGUGGGUGAUCAGCAGCCACCUCCUUUUCCUUACACUCGUGUCAAUGUAGGUGUGGUUAAACACACAUCUGCAGCAGCCACACCUGAAGGAUCAGCCCACAAAACAGGUCGCAGACGUCCAGAGAAGCCCAACUAUCAGUCAUCAUUUGCCCCUUCAGCACCUUCUCAGCUUACAGUGCCUUCCCUCUUCACACCUCAGCCAGUGCCAGUAGUGUCUAUGACACCUCACCAGGUUGCCCCUCCUCAGGCCACCACGGGUCCACAAACAAGUGUCUAUUCCAGAGGGCCUCCUUACCCACAGUAUAACUUGGGCUUGGUUCCAGCUGUUUCAGGGCCAGCUGUGUCGCAGUCUCUGCCAUUCGGACCAGCGGGAGUCAGACCUGUUAGCCCUGCUCCCUUCCCCAGCCAACCUUCUCUGCCAGGACAGUCCUUGCCUAUGACAUCUCCUGGUGUUCCAACACUUGGACCUGCCAUCUUCACUCCAACCUCAGUCCCAGCAUCUCAGCUUCCUGCUGCUUGUCCUCUCCCUGUGGCAAGCCAGUCUCCUCUAGGUUUCUCUUCAGCACCUUUCAACUGCCCCAUGAACAUGGGGUACCCUCAGGGAGGUCCUGGAGCUCCAUCUUCUAAUCCCCUGCCAGCAACCAGCAUUCCUCCUCCUCCCAGAGGUUUCUUCCCUUGGCUAGAUCCCCACAAGGAUCAUGCAGCUCAGGAAUCUUGGACUGAUCCCUCUGCUGAAAGAGGAGGCCCUCAAAAGAAAAAGUUGCCUGAGAAAUUUACUCCUCUAGCCCCCAUCACAGCUCCAGUAAUGAGUCCACCAUCUGAACCUCAAGGGAUCCAUCCUCAGCUGUCCAGGUUGCAAGAAUCUGGCCAGUCACCUCCAGGAGCACCCAAGGAAGACAGCCUGCAGUAUCACCAGCUACCUGUGGAGAGGGUUGAGCGGAAGGAGGUGCCCCCUGAGCACCAGACUCUGAAGGACACAUUUGAAGGGUUGGUGCAACGCUGCUCUGCUGUCGCCACUGAUCCAAAAACCCGAAGGAAGCUGGAAGAUGCAUUGCAGCGGCUGGAGUGUUUGUACGAGAAGCUUCGUGAGCAGGCACUCUCUCCAAACAUCCUCGUGGGUCUUCAUGAAAUUGCCCGCUGCGUUGAGGCUAGGAACUACCAACAGGGUCUCCUGGUUCACACCCAAGUGGUCAGCAGCAGCAGUUUCAGUGAGGUGUCUGGUUUCAUGCCCAUCCUGAAAGUCCUCAUGACUAUUGCUGGCAAACUGAAUGUGUAAAGUGUGGAGCAGCUGUAACAGUGCACAUGAUGGACUGCCUCACCAGGGAUAUGUGGCAAGUUGCAGACUCUUCUGACUCUGGAGAAAUGUCUGCAGCAGUGUCUUGAGCUGUGCUGGGCCAGCACACCUGGCCCCUUCCACUCUCCAGACAGCCCACUGGGGCCUGGAACUCCUGGAGAUUUCUUUCUCUCUUGUUUCUUACUAGCCUGAGGCUGCUUCCCAGCCCAGAAAUCUCAAUUUCAGGCUGUCCAGGUUUCUCUUCCCUGAAACCCCAGCACAAAGGGGAAACUUCUUCCCUCCCAGGCUGAUGUUCUUUUCUUUUUUAGGGGACAAACAGGGCUGGCACCUGCAGUGCCACCAGACAGAAGAGAUUCAGGCUUUAUUCCCUACAACAAUGUAAACUGCCAGAAUGAUGACUGGGCUUCCUUGGUAGCUUGGGUAUCCCUGCUCUGUUGGGAUGCAGUUGAGGAUCUGUCCUCUGAUUCCUCCUUUCUCUUUGUUCUCAUCCUCAAUUCAACUUCCCACCCCUCUGCACACACAUCCUGCUGCAACUAGGGAUAACUAUCCCAAGCUAGCUUUGGUUCUCUUACUCUUCAUCACCCAGCCUUCUAGUUUCACAGUCAAUUGCCCUGGUUAUCCUAUAUCCCACCCUUUUCUAUAUCUUUUCUCCAGUAAGCUGUGGGCUUGAGCCUCUUUAUGUAUCAGGAUCAGAGCUGAUACCCUUUCCAACUCCUAAGGCUUUCCCAUUCAGGAGCACUAGCAGUUUGGACUGCUCUGUGUACUGCUCCCCACAACUGAUUGCAUUAUGGUUUUGGGCUAAAAGCCACCUCCUCUGGCCUUUUUCGCUUUUAUGUUAGCACUUUUGACCUUUUGCCCACUAGUAUCAUCUAAAGGCUUUCCACACUGAGCCAUUCAAACAGCCUAGGGGCAUGAACCUCAGGCACUAUCUGGGAGCAAGACCUUUGGUUGCAGGCAGGCCCUGCUUCUGAUGCUUGCUGCUUGAGUGAUAGUGCUAUCAUGAGCCUCUGGUUCGGUGACUUACAUGGAUCAGACUACUCUGCCGUGAGACUUAGGAGGGAGGAGAAUCAGAGGCGGGAGGGAGAGGACAUGUCUCAUUCUCUCCUUUCCAGGUCAGAGUGCCUCCUUGUUGCUGCCGUGAUGUUUCUAUUGCUGCGGUUUGAUGCACUGAGAUUACAGAACAGUGAAAUAAAAGCUGUGUUUUGUGA